AUGUACUUAAAUGAUUAUUCAGGAGGGGCAUGUACCGACAAGGUCGCCAACUGCGACAGUUACGCCAGGUCUGUGUGCACUGACCCGCAAUACUCUGAAUGGGUCACAGACAACUGCUGUGCUUUCUGCAGCGGCGUCUCAAGCAGCGGUAACGCGUGCACGGACGCUUUGAGCAACUGUGCUGACUACACAUUGUCGGUAUGCUCGAACGCCGGUUACGCAAUGUGGGUAACCACGAACUGUGCAAAGUUCUGCGGAAAGUGCAGCUCUUCUUCCGGGGGCGGAGCACCACCACUACCAGGCAUGACAUCUCAUACAGGGAGCUGUCAGGACACCCAUACAAACUGCGCCGACUAUGGAGCCUCCGUGUGCACUAACGCAGUUUAUGCCACGUGGGUAACCCAGAACUGUGCCAAGUUUUGCAACAAGUGUGGAGUUGUCAACACACGAGGCUCGACAAUAACCGAAGGAUGCGUGUACAACGGUAACGUCUACCAGCAGGGCCAGACUUGGAAAGACGCCUGCAAGUAUACCUGCAGCUGCGUAGAUGGAGCAUCAGGAAAAUACCAGUGUCAAGAGCUGUGCCUAACAUGGAAUCUGCCUUCUAAGUGCUACCUGAACCCCCCAGCUCCGGGCAAAUGUUGCCAGACCCCAAGCUGCCCAACAGGAUACAACAUCCAGUACCCACCAGGCUACGUCGCGAACUAGAAAUCGCAUACGAAUGUUACGUUUUUAUACGGAAUAAAGUUACAAACAUUGUA